UAAUACAGGUUGCAGAAUCCAACUUUUCCUAACGCAGAUUUUUUUUAUUAUGAUUGUUUUAAGUGCAGCACCCUGAUUUCCACAGGGAGCCUCCCUUCCCUGCAGGGACUGAAUUUCUGCUUGCAUGUCUCCGCCUAUCCGUCGUCAACAAUGCGAUCGCCUUCUUCGCCGAGGCUCCUCAUCACGCCUGCCGGACUCCAAGGGCGGUACACAAAGGGAGGGAGGGCGGGCAAUCUGGCCUUUCCUCCUUUUAUCUGGUGGCUCCACCCACCUCCCUUUCUCUCUAGAUCCAAGCUCGUGUGUGCUCCGCUGCAGUGACUUUGCAAGCGUUCGCUCUGCUGCUGGGGAAGUGUAUUGCUUGCUGCAAGCUGGCGGAUUUUGAAUGUGAAGGUGGGGUUUUUAAAAUAAACAUUAACAAGGGCGUGAGUGACAAGCAAAGGAGCUUUGCUUCCUUGGCGUCUUGCAGUGCUCGCUCGCUUGCAAAGCUAAUCAUGAUUAAUGAAUGAACGUGAUUCCCUGGUCGCACAGCAGCACCUGUGAGGGGAUGGGCUAGGCAUUCUCGUCUGCAGAAGGAAAAGCGAGAGGGAGCGGAGGAGGUGUGGUGCAGACACAAAUUGAAAGCUUCGCUGCGGAGAGAGACGGCUGAGACCUGGGCGGGCUCCCCAGCCCUUGACGCUGCACCAAAAAAAUCCAGGCUGCAUGACCAUCACAAAGAUGUCAUGGUACCCUCAGUAUCAGAGUUCAAAAUUCCGUCACGUUUAUGGCAAGGCUGCCAGUAAGGAGAACUGCUAUGACUGCGUGCCCAUAACACGGAGCGUCCAUGACAACCACUUCUGUGCUGUGAACCCACAUUUUGUUGCUGUUGUGACUGAGUGUGCAGGUGGAGGAGCCUUUCUGGUUAUACCAGUGAAUCAGACAGGGAAGCUUGAUCCACAUUACCCUCGCAUCUGUGGGCACAAAGGGAAUGUUUUAGACAUUAAAUGGAAUCCUUUUGACGACUUUCUAAUAGCUUCCUGCUCUGAAGACACCACUGUAAAAAUCUGGAAAAUUCCCCAGCACUUACUAACAAAAAGCAUCACAGAUGCACAGAAGGAGCUUCUUGGUCAUACACGAAGGGUGGGACUCAUUGAAUGGCACCCGACAGCGAGUAAUAUCCUUUUCAGCACUGGUUAUGAUUACAUGAUCAUGAUCUGGAACCUUGACACCAAAGAAUCUGUCAUUCAGGCACCGGUGAAGACAAUCAGCUUUCACACAGACGUGAUCCUCUCCAUGUCAUUCAACACAGACGGGAGCCUCUUAGCCACAGCCUGCAGGGACAGGAAGAUAAGGAUCAUUGACCCACGAGCAGGAACUCUCUUACAGGAAGCAAGCAACAAGUCUCACAGAGUGAAUAAAGUUUUGUUUCUAGGAAACAUGAAAAAGCUGCUCUCCACAGGAACGUCCAGGUGGAAUAACAGGCAGAUUGUACUAUGGGAUCAGGGUGAUCUUUCUGUGCCUUUACUAGAAGAGGAUGUGGAUGGCUCAUCCGGUCUCUUGUUUCCUUUCUAUGAUUCGGACACACACGUGCUCUAUGUGUUGGGCAAGGGUGACGGGAACAUCAGGUACUACGAGAUAAUUUCAGAGAAGCCAUACCUGAAUUACCUGAUGGAAUACCGCUCCCCUUUGCCUCAGAAAGGAAUCGGUGUCAUGCCAAAAAGGGGUCUGGAUGUCUCUGCCUGCGAGAUCUUCCGAUUUUAUAAACUGAUUCCGGCCAAAAGUCUGAUAGAGCCUGUCUCUAUGAUUGUGCCUCGGCGGUCUGAAUCGUACCAGGAAGACAUCUACCCGAUGACUGCUGGAGUCCAGCCAGCCCUGAUGGCACAAGAAUGGCUGAACGGUGCUAAUAAAGGUCCCAUAUUGAUGUCUCUGAGACCCGGCUCUGUAAUCUUGAAUUCUUUUCCACCAUAUCCUAAGAAGGAGUCCUCUCCAGAAGCAAUGGAGCCUUUCCAGUACCGAGUCAACCAAACCACUGACAAGCCAAGCAGAGUCCAAGAGAAAUGGGGGCACAGGAAGGGGGAGGAAAGAGGGCAGGAAGACAAGAAAAUUGGGCUGUCUAAUGGCUUUGACAUAUUCGAGUGUCCUCCACCCAAAACAGAAAAUGAGCUGCUGCAGAUGUUUUACCGACAGCAGGAAGAAAUCCGGAGGCUCCGUGAAGUGCUGAUCCAGCGGGAUGUCCAGAUCAAACAGCUAGAGCUGGAGAUCAAAAACCUUCGUGUGGAUUCAGGCAGAUUCUGACGGGACAUAGCUGGGCAGCCUUUAGAAGGUAGCUCAACUGCAGGGCAAUUGUUGCCUCAAUGUACUACUAUUGGGAGGUUAUGGACUGGAAGAAGGAGAUUUUGUGACUUACUGGCAACUCAUUGCUGUCCUGAGUGUCCAUUCCUGCAGGCCAGAGGCUGCUGGGGUGCUUUCAGGUGCUUUGUUUACCAGUCCCCACCUUUGCAAAGAACUCUUAGUUCUUUAGUGGCCCAGAUUCAUCCUGUGAGUCAAAGAGGUCUCAAGGUGAAGAUGGAGGAUCCAGCAGCCUCCUGUGCCUCUGUGUGCCUGGUACUUCAUGGAGGAGUGAAGCAUCCUGCCAACCCUCAGUGCCCAUAUGUGCUUGGCAGCCCACUUGUUUGGACUCUGCCAGGCUGCCUAGCACUGAACUGCAGCCACUUGACGGUGAAGCCAUCAGAAGUGACUCAGCGCUUCUAUCCUGUUCCUCUGCAGAGCUGGCUGGAGCAGGGGUAGGUUCUUUGUUCAGUGACUCUCAGCUCCUGUGGCUGAGGCUGUGUCUCCAAGUCAUCAGCUUCCUUUAGCUUCACAGAUCAUCUUUUGCAAGUUCAGUUCUGCCCAGGAAGGUAAGGAGCAAAGGAAUGGGCGCUCACCAAUUAUCCAAUGGAAGCCAGGAAUAUGUGCUUUUAAGAAGACUUAAAUGGUGGGCAGAGGGAAGCCACAUCAAGCUUUUUAGAUGGACUUCUGGUAGUUGAGCACCAAAAGGAGGACAGGCCAGUAUUGCUGAAGUUGAGCAUGUCAAAACUGUAGCUCCAGUCCAUACACAAUCUAUCAUCUUCCAGCUUCAUCCAUAAUCUUCCCCCGGAUCACUUCAUGCCUUAAGCCAACGUUGGAGACUGGCCAUUAAUUCUCUGAGAUGGCUGCUUUUCAGUUGCCUCCAGCUCAGUGUUCCCCUGGUUGCUUCUUCUCUCCUUCAUUGUCUUGCCCUGCAUAUUGUGCUGGAACCAAUGUGCCGCAUUGCAGGGUCAUGACCAGAGAGAAGCCCAACCACUUUCAGCCGAUCCUAAUCAUUCCUCAUUGUAUCUGGUGCAGAGCUUUACAUUCUGUGAUUCUCCACUUCCCCAUUGCAAAAUCAGCACACUCCUUUCUCAUAGUUUCGUCUUCUGCUUUGAUGCCUACAACCGAUGCUUUGCCUGACUUUCCACUUGUUCCAUUGCCUGCUGUUUUCCAUGCUACUCUAUGCAAAGCACUGCCAUCCGAGUUAAUUGUUCUUUCCUGUCUCAGGAUUGACCACCUCAGAUAUCCAAAGAUUGUGAAAUCCUGGGGGAAGAUGCCUUUCUGAAUUUAUGGCAUAUUUUUAAGCAUUUCUCCCUAAUCAUGAGGGAUAGAGAUGUUGAUAAACAAAAAGUUAAGUUCCUGGGAUAGCAGCGACUUAAGUUUCUGCAGCAGCAAUGUGUAUAACAAAAGUGUAAAAUUAAAAUGCCCCUGGAGAGCUUGGCCUAACUUAAGAUUUGUCCAGAAGAGCGAGAGAGAAUCUAGGGCAUUACAAGCAACAUUACAAGACUGACUUGCCUGCAAAUGGAGGGACGUACAAUAACACAUUUAACACAGGGUUGUAUGUGUAGAAGCUGAAGUGUCUCCAAUGCAAAGUUUACAGUAGUUGCUUUCCUUGUAUAUCUUGAGCUUGAUGUUUCUCUUUCGCUUUCCUCCGAGCCUCAAAGAUAGACCAGCAAUUACCAGAGCUAGAAUCACUCUCAAGAGCCUGCUUGUUAACUGCUGCAUUCCCUAGUGUUUUGAUAAAACUGUGCCCAGGCAGGCUUGCUCCAGAUGGUCUUUUCCUACCCUAUUACCCCUCAUUAGAUCUGCUCGUGCUUGUUGCUUUAAAAACAUCUCUCAGAGCCAACCUGAACAUGUGGAAGAAGUGCAUGCUGCAGUUUUCCUUUGAUUGUACUACUCAAGGCUGCAGACCUUCCCUAUAUUGAUUUAGGUAGGAGCCUAGCAUGCUGGUUUUCAUGUGUAGGUUAGUACGAAGGGGAGCAUUCAGAGAUACCAUUCCCCACCUCCAGUCUGAAGUGGUACAGCUGAGGAUAAGUUGUAUUACAUGAUUCUACCACUUUGGCAAGAUUGGCUUUUACGCUGGGGUUCAGAUUGGUGUAGGUGGCAUCAUGGGACCCCACAGGAAUGUCUGAACCUCAUUUAGAUACCAGGCUUUAAGAAUUUAAGUUGAUGAGCUUGUGGACAUUUACAGUGUCUUCUGUUCACUCAGUUCUGCCAUGCUCAUGGAACUUUAACCAACCCUGUUUUAAAAUUAGUGUCUGAACACAUCUACAUGUAUUACAUUGAGGGUUAGGAAUUUAGAUAAGAGUUAUACUGAUUCAAUUUAGAUAGAGUUAUACUGAUUCAGUGGUCAUCUAGAUUAGAAAAUCAUUAUUUUGCCUCCUGAAUGUGGCCCAGCCAGGAGAUUCAUGAUCAAGGCACAGGGGUAACCACCAUCUUUUAUGAAAUACCUAGUAAUCUAGGAGAUUCUCCCCCCAUCACAAACAAACAAACAAGCUGUGGGAGGCAAGUGGGAAUGAUCUGCUUUGUCUUGCCAUCUCUAAUAGUUCAUGGCCCCAGUCUAGCCGUAUGUGAGUGCAGGAGCAGAAGCUAUGUGCAUACUGCAUUAUGGUGAGAGGGCAGGACUAUAUCCAGGCUUUUGCUCCCCCUCCCAAACUGCUAACACAGUUUUUAUUUUUAACUCAUGGGGAUAGGGAAUCAUGCAUGUGGCACCUGUUAGCAUGCCAGAGGUACCAUCUAGCUAGGAAUAAGCACAUAGAAGCUAGUUUCCAUGUGCAUCUGGUCCUGGAUUGGGAAGAAUGACACUUUACAGUCUGUGGGAUCUUUAUUCCUUUUUUUUCUUCCUUGUUUACAUGCAGAAUACAUUAUUUUAAGUAUUUGUCAUCUCAGACAAAGGGAAAAUAAGUUUUAAAAUACAUUUUAAAAAUGUACAUUACAAAAAUUAUUUUGCUUGUUUUUAUGUGUUUGACCAGAUAAACAGUCAAAAAUUUUAGUCUGCUAUCAAGGGAACUCAUUUAUCCCAAAUCUACUUGAAAGAAAAAAAGAAUAGUAACUGCAUUUUGUUUACCGACAACCUUUCAGCGAACAAAGGCUAUCAAAUCAGCACUGGAAAUUUUAUUUUUUGAAUAGAACUUCUGUAUAAAAUGUAAACUUUUGAGACAGUACAUUUAAAAACAAAACUUUACUCAUGUAUGUUUUACGAGGGAGGGAGAAAAGAGCAGAAUAAUCUAUACAAUAAUGGCAAAUUAUGCUUUAUUAAACAGUGCCUAAUUAUAUUUAAA